CCACUUCCCAAGGCUAGAGAUACAGACCGCUGUAUCCAACUUCUCUAAUCCUUCACCUUCUGCCAACUCUACAUUGUCAUCAUGUCGCCGACCGUGCCUGCCACUGUCCUGGGUGCCAUGGAGAUGGGGCAAAGCAUGGACGCGACCUCCAGCGCCGCCUCGGUGCGUGCCUUCCUGCAGCGCGGCUACACUGAGAUAGACACCGCCUUCGUGUAUGGGGAAGGCCAGUCUGAGACUGUCCUAGGUGGCCUGGGACUCGGGCUGGGCCGCAGCGGCUGCAAAGUAAAAAUUGCCACCAAGGCUAUUCCAAUGUUUGGAAUGCCUGAUGAUGUGCGGUUCCAGCUGGAGACAUCCCUGAAGCGGCUGCAGUGUCCCCGGGUGGACCUCUUUUACUUACACUUACCAGACCACAGCACCCCUAUAGAGGAGACCCUGCAGACCUGUCACCAGCUGCAUCAGGAGGGCAAGUUUGUAGAGCUUGGCGUGUCCAACUAUGCCUCCUGGGAAGUGGCUGAGAUCUGUACCAUCUGCAAGAAAAAUGGCUGGAUCAUGCCAACUGUGUACCAGGGCAUGUACAACGCCACCACCAGGCAGGUGGAGAAGGAGCUCCUCCCCUGCCUCAGACACUUUGGACUGAGGUUCUAUGCCUACAACCCUUUGGCUGGGGGCCUGCUGACUGGCAGAUAUAAAUACCAGGACAAGGAAGGGAAGCAUCCCUAGAGCCGCUUCUUUGGGAAUGAAUUUUCUCAGAUGUACAUGGACCGCUACUGGAAGGAGGAACACUUCAAUGGCCUCGCCUUGGUGGAGAAGGCUCUGAAGUCUACCAACGGUACCAGCGCCCCCAGCAUGACCUCUGCUGCCCUGCGCUGGAUGUACCACCACUCACAGCUCCAGAGCACUCGAGGGGAUGCAGUCAUCUUGGGCAUGUCCAGCCUGGCGCAACUGGAACAGAACUUGGCCUUCAUUGAGGAAGGGCCCCUAGAGCCGGCCGUCGUGGAAGCCUUUGACCAAGCCUGGAACCUGGUUGCUCUUGACAGUCCCAAUUACUUCCGCUAAGAUGGUUCUGAUUUG